AUGUACUUGGCAAAUUAUAGAAUUUUGAAGGGUUGCUACUCAAUAGAUAAUAAACACUAAAAUAAAAAUGGUUUACUUAAUAAAAUGAAUAGGAAAUUAAAAGCCUUGAAUUCUAUUGGGCACAUUCAAAAUAUUAUGAUAAAUGAUAGAUAGAUGAGUAAAUGUGAAGACCCUGAAUUGCAAGUCUAUUAUAGCAAUCUGUCUAAAUAGAUUAAAAGAGCUCCUCUUGAUCCAAUGCUAAUUAAAACAAGAAAGUCAAAAUUAGAGAUGUUUGAAGAAGCAUUUAAGGUUAAAUUAGAGGUAAAAAUGCUAAGAAUGCUCAAACAAGAAAAUAUAGUGCAACUUAAAGAAGCAUUCAAAAGGAAAUAGCGUCUCUACUUGGUCUUUGAAUACAUGGAGAAAAAUUUGCUUGAGGUGCUAGAGGAAAGACCCAAUGGACUCGAUGCUGAAGCUGUGCGAAAAUAUAUUUAUCAGUUAUUGAAAGCUAUAGAAUUUUGUCACAGAAAUAAUGUUAUCCAUAGAGAUAUAAAACCUGAAAAUCUGCUGAUUAAUCCAGCUCCUGAGUUAUUACUUAGUGCUAAUUAUGGGAAAGAGGUAGAUAUUUGGGCUAUCGGGUGUAUACUAGGAGAGUUGACUGAUGGAGAACCUUUAUUUCCAGGUGAAUCUGAAGUUGAUCAACUUUUCUGUAUUCAAAAGAUUCUUGGACCACUCACUUAAUUAUAACAAGAGGAAUUUAAGACAAAUCCAAGAUUCAUUGGGUAUAAAUUCCCUGACUCAAUUACUAAACCUGAAACUCUUGAUAGAAGAUAUGUUGGAAAACUGUCAAAGAAAGCAUUAGCAAUCAUGAAAGCUAUGCUAGAAAUGGAACCAACUGAAAGAAUGACAGCUUUGGAAGCACUUGCAGAUCCAUAUUUUGAUGGACUAAGAGAUUAAGAAGUAGAAGCUCUUUUGAGACAAAACAAUGUGAGAAACGGAGGAACUGCAAGUUAAACUCAGAUAAGGCAAGAAUCAUCGAAAUCUAGGAGCUCAAUGAGAUCAAAUACUGUUGAAAGAGAUGGAAAUUAAGCUUUGGGGAAGACUAAGACUUAGUAUGGAUCUAAGUUUGCAAAUACAGCAGCUACUAAUUCGCAGUCAUAGUAGCAGAAGCCUUCACCAACCUAAGUAAAUAACAAAUUUAUUGGGGGCUCUUAAACAACUAAUAACUCCUUGACUUAACAGAAAAAUGAACCAAAGAUAAUAAAAAAUCAAGCUGCUAACAAUGCAAAUCAAACGAAUUAAAAGGGGAAAGCACCUGGUAAUAGCUAAUUGAGUAACUAAAGCAAGACAGCCUAAAAUUCAAACUAACCAAGCUUUAAUGAUGGCAAAUAGAAUAACAAUUUCGUUCCAUCUUCUAAUCUUUCAACAUUCUUGCUUAGCAAGGGAUCAAGUGGAAGUCUCGGAACUUUUGAAAACGAAUAUUCAUAUAGGAUAAAUUUGGAUAAUAUUGGUGGUACAAGCAAUAAUCCUACUCUUUAAAUGAUGAAUUCACAGAUUUCAGCUACAAAGCCUAUCUAAUUCACAAAGAAGUCGAAGGGUAGUCAAAAUAUUAAUAAUGGAGUUGGUGGCUAAAUUUUCUCAGAAGUUAUAAUAGAGGAUGAAGAUGAGAAUUGGAACGAUAAUCAGAAUACUUCAAAUUAAGCAUUCACUAGUCAUAACACAUUUCAGAGCUAUGGAAAUCCUUAUCAUUAAUAGGCUAUUCAAAAUGGCAUACCAAGUAUUAAAAAGUCACAGAACUUUGAUAAUAUUCAGCCCCUCAUGGUGAACCAAAAUAACUCGAAAGACAACUCAAUUUCACCACAGAUAAAUGCUGGAAAUAAUAAAAUGAAGCAAAUUACUACUAUGAAUAAUUAAGGGAUGAUGAAGUAAUAAGCAUAGAUUAAGAAGAAGUCUGGCAUGCAACCUUUAGUUGAUGCAGGUGAUACAGGUGGUGAGAAUACAGGAUUGUUAAGCUCAGGAAUGAUUGCUGUAUCAGAGGAUCAGUCUAACAUCUAUGAUAAAUUCAGUCCUAAAAGUACUAAUUAGUUUAAUGCACUUCAAUAAAAAUUAAAAAAGAAAAAUAACAUGGGAGUUCAAGGGACUUAAGGCAUGCCAUAAUUGGGUAAUAAGAAUGCUAAGAGUGUUUACCAAAAUGAAGAAUAAAAUGCUUAUACCAUGAAUAUGCAGUAUCAUCCACUCUAAAAUGCAUAAGCAGCUUAAGGUAUUAGAUUAAACAGUAAGUCCCCAGGAAGAGGCAAUCUAGCCCCCAUGAAUUAUUAGAAAGUUUCUCAGUUGUCUAAUCACCAACCAUAAAAUGAAAACUACAACUAUAGCAUUCCAUCAGACACCUUUUACCCUAUGAUGAAUAUGAAUUCUAACAACUUUAAUUCAGCUCAGAGUAACAAUAUGAUUGGCAACCAAAAUUAUUGA